AUGCGCGCAGAGAGCAUGCUGGAGUUCCUUCGUGAUCCAGUACACAUGGAUGCCAUGUGUGCCUGGUUGGAGGUCAAUGAUGUGAUCCCGGUCGUCAUUGAUGCUCUCAUUCUGGCGCGCAGUUUGCCUACGUCUUUGGAAUCGCAGUCCUCAGUCCCGCCGUCCCGCCGGGAAACAGUCGUGCAAUUCCUCGAUCAGUACUUUGGGCAUGGUUGGUCGAACUGGCAAGUGCCAUUCAGUUACACCCCAGACUACAUGAAGCCAGAGUACCAGACCGGUGAGUUCAGUGUGGUCCGGUCGGAGAUCGACACCUUCAGCUACUUGCCAUGA